UGUUACAAACUUACAAAACAUUAUACUCCUAUCACUUUAAUAUCAUUAAGGUCAUUCUUGGAUCUUUCAAAGGAUAUCAACUUCCACAAGACUACAAGUACCAACUACCCUUUCUCCUCUCUUUCCAAAAUCAAACACUUCCUAAGUUACUUUCUUUCCUUUUCUUCAUCAUCUUCUUCAUUUUCCUUGUACUAAACAAACAAACAAACAAACAAUGCAAUUCAAAGCCAUUACUCCCUUUUCCCCUCUCAUUCAACUCAAACCCUUAACUCUAAACCCAACGUAUUUCCCUUUCCCCUCUUUUACCUCUUCCCUUUCCUCACAUUUCCGCUCAAAACCCUCUUCAAAUCCACUAAAGUUACCAACUUUCAGUCACCCAACUCAUCACAUUUCCCAGAAACUUCACUGCAUCACCCCUGCUCAAGAACUUUCCAGUGAAUCUGAUUUUAGGGAUGAAGAAGAAAACCCUGAUUUGGUGGACCCCACAACUGAGAAAUCCACCAGUCCAAGCUUAUGGAAUCAAAUGAUUGAGAUUAUCAAGUUUUCUGGGCCUGCUACUGGGCUUUGGAUUUGUGGGCCUUUGAUGAGUCUCAUUGAUACUGCUGUUAUUGGUCAAGGCAGCUCCAUUGAACUUGCUGCUUUGGGUCCUGGAACUGUUCUUUGUGAUUAUAUGAGCUAUGUAUUUAUGUUUCUUUCAAUUGCAACAUCUAAUAUGGUUGCAACUUCACUUGCUAGACAGGAUGAGAAGCAAGUGCAGCAUCAAAUAUCAAUUUUGCUGUUUGUGGGUUUUGCUUGUGGAGUGUCUAUGCUUAUAUUUACGAAAUUGUUUGGUUCAUGGGCUUUAACUGCUUUUUCUGGAUCACAGAAUGUGCACCUUUUGCCUGCUGCAAAUACUUAUAUUCAGAUUCGAGCUUUGGCAUGGCCUGCUAUUCUUGUAGGAUGGGUUGCUCAGAGUGCAAGUCUGGGCAUGAAAGAUUCAAUGGGACCUUUGAAGGCCUUGGUAGUUGCAAGUGUCUUAAAUGGUGUUGGUGAUAUAGUACUCUGCAUGUUCCUUGGCUACGGGAUUGCUGGUGCAGCAUGGGCAACUGCAAUAUCACAGAUUGUUGCAGCCUACACGAUGAUUGAUGCUUUAAAUAAGAAAGGAUACAAUGGGUAUUCUAUUGCAGUUCCAACGCUCCCUGAACUUCGAGAAAUAUUUGCAAUUGCUGCCCCAGUAUUUAUAACUAUAGUUUCAAAGGUGUCCUUUUACUCUUUGAUAAUAUACUUCGCUACCUCCAUGGGAACGCAUACAAUUGCUGCUCAUCAGGUCCUGUCUCAAAUAUUCCACAUGUGUGCAGUAUGGGGUGAACCCCUUUCUCAGACAGCUCAGUCAUUCAUGCCAGAGCUGCUGUAUGGAGUAAACCGAAGUUUAGUUAAGGCCCGAGAUCUGCUGAAAUCUCUUUUGAUCAUAGGGGCUUCUGUCGGACUUUUUCUAGGCAUUGUUGCAACAUCCAUUCCUUUCUUGGCUCCCAAUGUUUUCACCCCUGAUCCCGCAGUUAUAGCAGAGAUGCACAAAGUAUGGGUUCCAUUCUUUCUCUCUUUAUGUGUGACUCCUUGUAUACUCAGCUGUGAGGGAACAUUGCUGGCUGGAAGGGACCUCAAAUUCAUUAGUACAUCAAUGGGUGCAUGUUUUGUCUUGGGCUCUUUUGUAUUGCUGCUUGUGAGAAGCCAAGGUUUAGGUUUGGUAGGCUGCUGGACUGCUCUAAUUGGAUUUCAAUGGGCACGAUUUUUUAUUGCUCUACAACGCCUUCUUUCUCCGAGUGGGAUACUGUUUUCAGAGGAUCUUCUCCGUUUUAAUUUGUCUGAGCUAAAAACAGCUUAGAUGCUGUACCAGCCACAUUUUUUAACGAUAAAAUUUGGUGCUUUGGGUGUUUUUAAAACCACAGCAUAUGGUCUAGAAGUCGCGUUCAUCAAUUUCUGUAGCCCAAAUGAGGCUUAGAAGAUUACCUACUUCGGCUACUUGGUAACACGGUGCAUCUAUACAGCAAAUGAUAGUUGAUUUGUAUACUAUUACUUAGUGUAAUUCUACUGUUCUGUGUAAGCUUGUUGUUCAUAUUAAUGCUUCAAAGACCGGAACCAAGCCAGAUGCAUAUUAUCCAUACUAAAUCAGAUAUUGAAACAUUGAGAAGCCCUUGAAAGUUA